GAACAACAGCUACAUUGCAACCCUGUAAGCUCAAGAUGGCUUCCUGUGGCCACAGGGUUUCCCCUCACAUGACCAAGUUUUUCUCUCCACACGUAGUCUUCAAAGCAAAGAGGAAGGCCCAGGAGUUAACAGUAGAUCAGGCAGGGUAUAAAAUAGAUGGAAAUUGGUAAACGUUUGGAGUGGAUUUACCGUUGUGUCUUUAAAAAAGAGAUCUGCAGUUGAAGGUUGUAUCAGUUUCCAAACUCUCAUUCUUCAGAGGCUUUCCUGAUGGCAUCCAAUAUCACCACCACCUCCCAGCAGUCCUCCUCUGCCUCCUUUUUUCUGCCCAUCAGUGCCUCAGCCCAGGCCGGCAUCACCAUCCUGACCUUGGCAAUUGUCCUGGGCUUGCCUGGGAAUCUAUUUGUGGUUUGGUCAGUGCUCUGCCGGGUGAAGAAGCGCUCCGUGACUUGUCUGUUGGUGCUGAAUCUGGCUCUGGCGGACGCAUUUGUGCUGCUCAGCGCUCCUCUUUUCCUGCGCUACCUGGCUGGAGGCCAGGGCUGGGAGUUUGGCUCAGCAGCAUGCAAGCUGGUGCAUUACCUGUCAAGUGUGAACAUGUAUGUGUCCAUUUACCUCAUCUGCCUGAUGAGCAUGGACCGCUGGCUGGCCGUAACAAAGCCUUUUCUGUCCCAGAGAAUGAGAACCAAGCGCUUCCUGCUGGUUCUCCUGCUGGCGGUCUGGGUGUUAGCUUUCAUCCUGUCACUGCCGAUGCCUUUCUACCGAAGUAAUCUGAAGAAGACAUUUCCAAACAACAUUACUUUGAGCUUUUGUAUCUCGUACCACUGGAGCAGCGUGGGUCACCGGGUCUUCCAGUAUCUGUUUGAGACCAUCAUGGGCUGCCUGGUGCCUUUCUCCCUCAUCAACACCUGUUACUCCACCAUCAUCUGCCGUCUGCAAAGUGCUAAGUUCCAGCGCAAAGGACAAGGCAGCCGCCUCAUCCUGCUGAUCAUCUGUGCCUUUGCGAUAUUCUGGCUGCCCUAUCAUAUCGUCAACAUCAUAGAGGUGGUCGGUCUGUUGAAGGAUAGUCAUUCAGUGAUCCAGGCUGCCCUUACAGCCCGUCCAAAUGUCACCGCCUUUGCUUACUUCAGCAGCGCUGUCAACCCCAUUCUCUACGUGUUCGCCGGCAGCUCCCACAUCCGCCAGGCUGGCCUCAGCUUCAUGGGCAAGCUCUUCGAAGCCACCAACUCGGAGAGCAGGAGCACGUCUACAUUCAGCCGUAGCGGCCACAUGAGCCGUAGCAGCUCUUCACCAGAUGAGAGCUCUGUCCUGCACACGCUGUCGGUCAAACUUGGGAAAUCUUUCAAAAGCAAGAAUAAGGAUAGGAGCGGUAGUGUGGCAGGCAAAGAGGUCGAUGAGCCUGAACUCAAGACUCUGGCCAGUGUUGAGCAGUUAGAGUAGUGCUUAAUCUAUAUUCCAAACCCAAGCCCAAGGAUGCUAAAACAAGGGUGAUAUGGUCACAUUUUUGGACUGAGUUAAAAGCCAAGCUGCAGCACUUUGGACUAACUGUAGGUGAUUGAUUGAUUUCUGACUGAGACAGGUAUAUAGGGAGUUACAGUAGUCGAGGCGGGGGGAGAUAAAAGCAUGGAUGAGUUCCUCCAGAUCUGUGGCUGAAAUAAAAGUCUUAACCUUAGCUAUAUUUCUCAAAUGAUCAAAAACAUGACUGAACAACUUUCUUUACAUGGGGUUCGAAACACAAGUCCUGAUCAAAAACUACACCAAGAUUUCUGGCUGAAGGAUUAGCUUAAGUUGCUAUUUCACCUAGGUUUGCCACGAUUUGAAUUCUGUUUGCGGGGGAACCAAGUACAAUGACGUCAGAUUUUGUAAGGUUUAAUUGGAGAAAGCACUUGUGGAGGGUUGCUAUGUUAGACUGCUUGCUGGGUCUGAUUGGAAUACAGAGCUGUGUGUCAUCGGAGUGAAAGAGUGAAACUGGACAUUAUGUUGAUGGAUAAUAAAAUGGGACCCAGAAUUGAAUACUGGGGGAUACCAUAGAGCAUGUUUGUGGGGGAUGAAAUUGAGCCAGCCAUAGUUACAGAGAAACAUCUAUUAAAUAGGUAGGACCUGAACCAGUUUAAGGCAACAUCAGUGAUGCCAGCCCACCUUUCCAGUCCGUCGAUGAGCAUGUUAAAAUCAACUGUGUCGAAAGCAGUGCUGAGGUCUAAAAGAACUAGAAUAGAGCACUCACCUUCAGCCAACAGAAGGUCAUUACAGACUUUGAGAAGAACAUUCUCAGUACUAUGAAGAGGUCGAAAGCCUGGAUUAUUUAGAAUAAAUGAUUAGCUGGAAGAUGGUCUACUAAUUGUUUGAACACAGCUUUUUCUAGGAUAUUGGAUAAAAAUGAGAGUUUUGAGACAGGUCUGUAGUUAUUCAGAGUGAAGGGAUCUAAACUGAGUUUUAUAAGGAGAGGUUCAAGCAGUUUUAAAAUCAGUGGGGUUCAGUAGUCUGGUAGGGACCACAUCCAAGGGGCAAGCAGAUGAUUUCAUGUGCUUAACCGUAUCACUGAGUGUGGAUAGAGACACUGAUGUAAAGGAACUGAAGGAUGAGACAUUAAAUUAUCUGUGGGUUAAAGGCUCUGGGACAAGUAAAUAGUGGGGCUGGCUGCUAUCAGUUUGGGAUCUGAUUUUUUCAGUAAAAAUUAUUUUAAACUGCUAGCAGAGGUCAGGUGAUGCAAGCAAAUUAGUGUUCGGGGGGCACCAACACUCUGGCAGUCAAGUGUUUUAAACAGUACUUUUGAAUUUGGGGCAUUCUGAUAGAUCAAGGUGGAAAAGUAAGUUGCUUGUGCAUUAUUAACUGCAGCAUUGUAUUUUUUCAUUAAGUCCUUCAUGUACAUACGUACAUGUUCAUAAAUGUGGAGUUUGCAGGCCUUCCAUAUGCAUUCUGCUUUGCGUACCUCUCUCUUUAGGGAGCAUUAGCAUUUCGCUCACUUAGCUGUGCUUAAGUACUGCCUCACAGAGUUGCUAGCAUGGCUGUCUUGUUCAGAGAAGGAAGGAAGGAAGACUGUUCACAGGUAAAACCAUCACCCAAAAACAUUGUUUCCUUGUUUUUCUAAUCAAAGCAUUGUUGGUCCAGAAAUGUUCAAUAUCAUUAUCAUUUGUUUGUGUAUUUUAUAUGAUUUCUAGUCAUGGCCUUUUUUGUUAUGCCUGAAAAAAAAAAGUUUGAAUUUAUAUACAUAAUAAUAAUUUGUAUACAUAAUUAUAGCUACAUAAAUGUCUUUUACAUGUGUCAGAAUGGCUAUGUUGUUUUUCAUUUAAUAGUAAUGUGUAUGGUAAUUUGUAGUCAAAAACAAAAAACAAAAUGUGUUAAAUUAAUAAAGCUUUUUUUAUUAUUGAA